CCCGCCCGCGGCCCCCCGCACCCUCGGCCCCGCGCCCGGAGCGGAGCUCCCCGGGCUCCCCGGCCGUCCCUGGGCCCCGGCCCCGCCUUCACCCUGAGCCACAGAUCCAGGGGUUCGGCACAGAGCCUCCCAGCACAGCCUGGAAUGUGCUCUCCCACAGACGGCUUGGCCUUCCAGCCUGGACCAUUUGUGCAUGGCCUCCUUGCAUGCUCCUUGAGCAUCUCUCCACCUGGGAUGCUCCUUGAGCAUCCCUCCCACCCUGGGGUGCUCCUUGCAUAUCCUUCAGUCUGGGAUGCUCCAUCCCUCUCUGGUGCUCAGCUGGAAUAAAGUCAGGUGAUCAUUUGAUCUGCAAGAAAAUCCUUUGCCUAUUUUUAACUGAUUUCUUCCUCCUCCAUAGUUGAGAGAAAUGCUGUUUCUCCCCUAUAUCAUGUUUCUUCAAGCAGUGUUGCCCUUCCCCUCUGGGGCUCCCAGUCUGGGUGCCUGUCAGCACCCAGGCCCAUGUUUGCACAGCCCCAGGCUCCCCUUGCCCUCUGCCCUGUCCCGCUGUCCCUGUCAUCCCACCCCAUGGGUGAAGCUCCCAUUGCCCGUUCCCAUCCUGUGCUCUCCUGACUGUUGAGGCAAAGCUGCUGCCUGCAGGGGUGUGGGAACAACUUUCCUGGAAACACGAGGCCUCUCGUCACACACCCAGAAUCUGGUGCAGUUUUAGCAGUGCCAAUGCCUGCAAGUGGGGCAGCUGGAGAAGAGAGCUCCUGCUUCUGAUGCUUGUUGCUGGAACGCCUACAGAGCCCAUCAACAGCUCCAGUCUCUGCUGUCUCCUCUGCAGCAGCUCCAGACCCAGGUGGCCCUGGUUCUCCAAAGCAUUAGCUCCCCAGUAAAGCCAUGUCUCUUUCAUGGCCCCUUGGAAGCUAAGUGUGAUUUGGUGUCUCCUCUUUCAAAGCAUGUACAUUGGUGGUGGGAUGGGCAGCUGUGCACUGGCUGUGCAGGCAGCCUCUGGCUCCCACUGCUCCCAAGUGACCCCUUCCAGCUGCUCCCAUCCCCACACCACAGCUCUGCUGUCCCUAUGCGACACCGGUGGUCAGAGACUAAAAAUAGCAUGUCUGGCAGGGAAUGGAGGUACUUCUUGGUGGGAGGGCUGUGGUCUGCCCUCUUCCACAGUUGCUUCCUAGGUAUUCAUGUCCCCUUGUGCUGGGCUGGCCUGUCACCAGAGCAGAGGGGUGGUGUUCUGGAGGGAUUGGGCAGAGGAGUCCAGUUCACUCCUCGCUGUUUCCCUGCAGGUGGGGCUGGGGCCUCACUCAGUUGUGCCAGGGGCUGUAUGUGACAUCCCACCCCAGCUGCAGCCACUGCCAGGCCAGCUGUGGUACCCCCACCAAGGCCACCACCCAGUCCUCCCACUCAGUCCAGCUCACUCAGACCAGACAAGCCCAUGCAGGGCUGUGUCUGCUCAGAGGCUCAGGAUGGAAAAGCUGAGCCUUUCCCAGUCCCACUCCUAAACCACAGCACAAACGAGAUUAAAUUCACCCGGAGGGGAUUCUCUGGCUGUGGGAGUUUACUCCUGGUUGCAGCAUCACUGAAAUUAAAACUCCUACCCUCCCUGGCCUCAGGAGAGCUGCAACCAGGUCAUGUCAGUGGGACAAGGACAUGUCAUGGGACAGGGACUGGGCUGGCAGACAGACAGGCAGCUGAUGGGGGAUAUGGGCUUUCCUGCUUACUCCCCCCUCCUUUACCAAACUCAGGAAACAUCUGUAUGGAGGGACAAGCUUUCUCAUCUUCCAAUUUUCCACUUGGUGCCCCUCUUUUUCCACUGUGGAUGCACAGAGCACUGCAGCCCCUGAGAAAAUUCUUCCAGGAGCCCUGGAUGAUGCCCUGAGCUACUUGGUCCCCUUCAGAAUCUGUGAGGGAUGGGCACAGCCUCACAGCUGCCCCAGCAGCUCCAUGUGCCUGGCAGCAACCGGGACGGGCAGGGCAUCCUUAGCUGGUGUCCUCCCACCACAAGGGCAGCAGCUGAUACUCACAGAGAUUCAAGGCAUCUUUCAGAGCAAAAAAGAGACUUUUUCAUCCUGCUGAGGCCCAGCAAACCUCUGCCCCGCUACUUUGCCAUCUUGGAGCUGGGUGUCCAGUGUGUGGCUUCAUUUCACAGUGGGCCUCAUCUGCCAGAGGAAGCAAGGAAUUAAAGCAGAGUCCUUCCUGCAGCGGAGCGAGUGGAUGUUCCAAGGCCUCUGGUUUGCAGACCCAGAGUCCUUCCUGAAGUCUGCACGUCUCCAGCGCCUGCCCUCGUCCUCCUCAGAGAUGGGAAGCCAGGAUGUGUCCCCCCUGCAGGAGACCAGCAAGGAUCCCUUCUCAGGAGACUGCAGCUGCCGGCAGGAUGGGCUGACCGUCAUCAUCACCGCCUGCCUGACCUUCGCCACAGGGGUCACUGUGGCCCUCAUCAUGCAGAUCUAUUUUGGGGACCCUCAGCUGUUCCACCGCGGGGCUGUGGUGACGGACGCCGCGCGCUGCACCGCGCUGGGCACCGAUGUGCUGGCCAGGCACGGCUCCUCGGUGGACGCAGCCAUCGCCUCGGCCCUCUGCGCCGGCAUCGUCAACCCCCACAGCUCGGGGCUCGGAGGGGGAGGGGUGAUGCUGGUCCACGACAUCCGCAAGAACAGGAGCUGGGUCAUCGACUUCCGUGAGGUGGCUCCCCUGGGCAUCCCGCUGGAAGGGGACCUGCAGCAGGACACCAAGCCAGGUCUGCUCGUGGGGGUGCCAGGCAUGAUCCAAGGAAUGCACCAGGCACACCAGUUACAUGGCAGACUCCCAUGGUCCGAGCUGCUGGGCCUCACGGCCGGCGUUGCCCAGAACGGCUUUAAUGUCACACAUGAGCUGGCCAAAGCCCUGAGUGAACUGAAGGACCUGAACUACUCUGACCGAUUCCACGAGAUCUUCCUGCCAGAUGGGCAGCCCCUGCUGCCUGGAAUGUUCGUCCGGCGCCUGGACCUUGCGGCCGUGCUGCAGCUGCUGGGGGAAGAAGGGGUGUCAGCCUUCUACAGAGGAAACUUGACCCAAGAGAUGAUCUCUGAGGUCCACAACUACGGAGGAGUCUUGGUGGAGGAAGAUUUCAGCAAUUACAGUGUCACUGUGGAGGACCCUGUGCACACAAUCUAUCGAGGACACCUUGUUUUCACCCCCCCACCUCCACAUGCAGGUCCUGCACUGAUCACAGCACUGAACAUCCUGGAGGGCUUUAACAUCACAAGGCAAGGAUCCAGAGGGAAUAUCUUGCACUGGGUGGCAGAGACACUAAAAAUAGCCCUGAGUCUGGCAAGCAACCUGGGAGACCCAUCUGGUGACGUUUCUGUCACUCACACAGCAGAAGUCAUGGUGAGCAAAUCAGAAGCCAAUUCCCUGCGCCAGCUGAUCAAUGACUCCCAGUCCUUCCCGUCCGACCUCCGCGCGCCUCAGUCCCCGCCGGAGAGCGGGACCGCCGCCAGCCAGGUCCUCGUCAUGGGCCCCGAUGACUUCAUCGUCGCUGUGGUGAGUUCUUUGAAUCGUCCCUUUGGCAGUGGAAUAGUAACACCCUCUGGAAUCCUCCUGAACAGCCAGAUGUUGGACUUCUCCUGGCAAAAUAAAACAAUGAACCACUCCAUUCCCAAGCUGCAAAACCUCCUUCAGCCUCGGAAGCGGCCGCGGUCCUUCCUGCUGCCCACCAUCGUGAGGCCCUCCAAGGGGAUGUGUGGCACCUACCUGUGUCUGGGAGCCAACAACGGGGACAGAGCCCUGAGCAGCAUCGUCCAGGUUUUGUUAAAUGUUUUAACAUUUAACAAGAAUCUGAGUGAAAGUCUGUCACUUGGUCGACUUCACCCCGAGCUUCAGUCCAACACCUUGCAGGUUGACAGUGAGUUUCCUGAAGAAGAUAUUGAAUUUCUUGUGGCCAGGGGCCAUCAGGUGGAUAAAGUCCCAGUGGUGUCCCUGGUUCACGGGGCCAGGAGAACCAACAGUUUCAUCAUUGGCCUGAAGGACCCCAGGAGUGUAGAUGCUGCUGGAGCCACGAUCUUGUAGCAGCUCCCAGGGAAUAUGUUCUGUGACCAAGGCUGACACACAACCCCAGUGAUGUGCAUGUUCUGAAGUGGCCCCUUCUCCAGCCCCACACACUGCUGGGAAGAUGCUCUGCCCACCCUGACAGCACCAGAGGAGUCAGCAGCACCAACAUCCAGCUCUCCUUUGAUUUUUCAAUUAUUUGGAUUGCAAGCAGCCCCAUCCUUGUUACAGGAGUGACAGGAGCACUUUUCCUUCAGCAGUCUUGCUAAUAGUUCAGUCUUUCCAAAGCCCAGUUCUAGCUAGCACCUUACUUUUAGGGAUCAGGAACAUGAGCAAGGGAAAAAACAGCUGCUGCUGCUGCUGCUGAUGUUAUUGAUAAUGAUUAUGCUCAUCUCCCUGUCUUUCACAAGUUCCUUCUUUGCCUCCAGUAAUUAAUACAGCCUGAUGUGCUGUUUGUAGGUACCUGCAGCUGGAAUAUUUGGGUUAAUACUCCAUCUGGGCCAGCUGAUUUCUACCAGCAUGCAGCAUCGCAGGGAAGUUCCUUUGCUCACUUCACUACAUACCUUGAAUUUUGGCAGUAAACAUUUUGAAUCCAGUUGCUGCACAGACUUGCUGGCAGUCUGAUUUUGUAACCAGACCAAUGAUUUUCAACAGCUCUAACAACUUCCUCUAACAACUUGUGCACCCGCCAGUAGUUUUCUUACAGAGGUUCAACCUCCUCACUGGUGAAUUUCAGAUUUAUAGUAACAGGUUUAACUUUCUUAGACACUUUUUGGAGAUAUCUUAGCAGUACUUCACUGAGUUGUAAAAAACCACAGAUCACUGAAGACCAUGUGGAGACCAUUCAGGUGGGUUCAGAGCUUUCCUUCCACUGCCUUAUCUCAGUCUGUUCUACAAGCCUGGGUCAUUCCUACAGAGAGACUGGGGAAUUUCUGCUGACUGUAUUCAUGGCUGUAGCUUAGCCUCAUGUUUUAGUCCUAGUGAAUCUAUUGGAAAGCUGAAGAGAGUGAGAGAAAAAGCAAACCAAACACUACUGAGAUAAUUUUCUGUCCACAGCAUGUAGUGAAAAUAAAAGAAUGCUCUUGCAUUUCAUGUCUGAAAUUGAGAAGAAAAGAAUGCCCCAGCUGAAAUCUGCACUAGGUCAUUCAGCCCACAUUUGGAUGUUUCCUGCUCUUUUUGCUGGCAAGUUAGAGACUCUUGCUACUAAAAAGUCUGGAGUUUGAUCAUUUUCUGGGGUCUAAAAUGUGAUGUUUUCCUUCAUGGUGCAAAUGCACCCAUGGCCACUGUACAUAUUAUAUAUGUAUGUCUGCUUAUGGUUGUCUUGCUCUUUGAUUUGAUGAUCACACCACUCACCCUGACCCUCCUCCCCAGGCACCCUGUGACACCCUGUUUGUGCCACCUUCUGGCACUUGAUGCCAUGGGCUGAUUUUGGGGUAGUCAGGGCCACAGAGCAGAUAAUUGGACUAAUAAUUCCUGCCACUGGAGAGCUGUGGAUCUCAGAACACCCCAGUGAAGCGAGUUGGGCUGAGUAAGAACAGAGGUGUUUCCGUGCUCUGCUGAAGUGCAGCCACCCAUGAGAGGAACACAGCAGCUCCCACUGACAGCACCAUCAGCAGCUUUUCCUGUUCCAAGUGCAUCCAUGCCCUCAGCUGAGACAGUGGAAGCACAAUGUUGUAUCUGCAUCGUGUUCUGUGCCACCAAGAAGAGACUUUCUUCACCACAGGGACACCAAAUAUGUUUAUUUAUUUCUCUUUCAUCAGCACUAGAGUUGGUCACUGCCCAAGGAUGGAGAGUUCAUAAAUGUGUCUUGGAGCAGACCUCUCCAGGCUCCAUGGGAAGGGAAGGAGGUGGUUUUGUGUCUCUGGAGAUGAUCUGGGGGUUUCUGGUCUGUCCCAGCCCAAAUGUGUCCCUUGGGCAUGGAGGUUCUCUAAGAACAGCUGCAAAAUAUGUGGUCAAGUCACAGUCAGUGCAGGACUUUGCAUGAAAUAUCACAAAACACUUUGAAAGAUUAAAUUCCUCCUUAUUAACUGAAUUCACCAACUUCUGAUACUGGGUACUGUGUAUAUGUUUGGGAGUAAAAGAUGAUGGUCUUGAUUGAAAAGGGCACUCCUACAUCCCAAAGUACAAUUUCACAGUUAUUAUCCAGAAUCUUAAAAUAAAGCAUGUUCCAAAGUGUUCUGCUGGA